CAACCCAAAGACAAGGAUUGUAAUGGUGGUUCUUACGUCAACAUUAAUUUGUUAAACGUUAAUAGAUUUCAGUCAGACAGUUGACUUUGCAUAUGUACUAUGAUUAUUUCUGAAUUCUUUCCCAGAACCAGUUAUCUAGACAUAUUUUAUUCUUCAAUUUCCGAGAUCAGUAAUUAAAUCAUCCUAUUUUUUGUUCAUCCAUAUCCAUUGCAUUCAAUAGAAGUUCAGCAGUUAAAGAAAUAAACAUUGAAGUUAUGUGAUUAUGGCAGUUAUCCAUGGGCAGACACCUGGGUUCAGUCUGGGUGAUGUGAAAUGAUAUUGGUGAUUAAUGAAGUAGCACUAGAUUUCUUUGGUUUUUCCCAAUUAAUCAUCAUAACACUAUUGAUCCAUACUCAUCUAUUACCAAUCCAUGAAAUGUGGGUGUGUUAGCGCUGACCAAGCUGCACAUUAUUGUUCCCGCAGUCAUAAGUUAGGGAUGUUGUCUUUGAUGUGGCUGAUCCUAGAGUAAAGUUCACAGGGACUCUUUUCAGAAUAGAUGGAUAGGAAGAAGAAAGAUGGAAAUCAGAAACAAGCAGGCUGUUCUGUUCCAAGUGAUGAUGGUUCAGGACCAAAAGCUCAGCGGCAACAAAGGAGCAGAGCACCUCAGGAGCAGAGAAUGAAAGGCAGCAGCAAUAAUGCUGAUAGAUCAGUAAAAGAUAAGAUCUCUGAUCCUACUCUCCCUUCUUCACAACCUGAUUCAAAGUCAGGUGCAGAUUUACCAGAUACAGCAGAAUUGUUUGCCAACUUGAAGAGGGAAACUGAUGAUAUUAAUGCCUUGAAAGUAAAGAAAACUCAUCAUCGGCAGAUUUUCAGCAACUGGGCGCGGUAUGAAGAGCCGUUGCCGGGUCCAGAUCAUGAAGCAGAGUUGCAAGGUGCUGACUUUGAAGCCCUUCUCAAGGCUCCAAUCUCAGGACAUUUUCAGUUCAAGCAUGAAAGAGCAUGGGAUUCCAACAUUACUCCUCUGUCUGGAGAAUUGUUUUCGUUGGAUGUUGAUUUAUUGGCUCUUGGUCUGGAAACCAUUCCAUUGUAUCAGAAAUUAGAUCUCCCAAGUUCUUUAUUUUUGGCAGAUAAGCUAGAAGAUAUGGAUUACUAUGCAAAGCAAUGUGCAGCGGAGUAUGAAACUAUGAAAAACAGGUUAUCGAGAAAGCACAAUAAAAAUGAUUCAGAUGCAAUAGUUAGACUGUUGAAGGAAGGAAGUCCCGUGCCGGCAGAGAAGGACAUGUCUGAUAAGGAGACUUUUCAUGCACUGGGUUUUGACAUUGCACAAUCAGAAGUCCAAAGCGAUCCUUUAGAAACAGAAGCUGUUAACAAUGAUACUAAUUCAAAAUCUGAUGUAAAAGAGGUUCUGGGAGCAGAUAGCGAACCUGACAUUAAUCAGGUGAUCCCACCUCAGAAAAUUGGUUCCGGUAAGAUUACGUCAUCCAAAGAUCAACCGAGUGUCACUGAUUCCGAAAUGCAACGUGGUAGUAUUUCUGUAGAAGAAACUGAUAUUGAACCCAAAGUUUUGAGGAAAGUUAUUCCACCAACUGUGACUUCCAGAACUGAAAUUGAACAGCCUUCUGAGAUAGAGAAGUCAGAGAUUACAAAACAAACAGUACAACAGACUCAUUCUGAACUAAACUUAACAGAGCACGUUGAAGAACCAAUAGUACCUCUGGGCCAGCGAUCAAGUAGAUGCAAGGCUAGAAGUCAAGUUCAGGCUGCGGAAGUUCAGAAAAUUGAUAGUCGGAAAUCUCAACAGAUGAAUGAUCUGGAUUUUGUUCUGUCCCUGAAGAACCCUCUUAAGGAAGCUCAUAUUUCAAGUUUGAAGCCUUCGCAAGUUAAAGUGUCAAAUAUUGAAGAAGACGAUGAUUCUACUGGACCAAAUUCAUCUCAGCUUUUAUUAAUGACUCCACAAAAGAAAACUCAGGACCUCGAGGACUGGCUGGAUUCAAUGCUGGACGACUGAAGUCUGUUCACGUAUUAAAACACCAGCGCAAGCUUGAAAUAGGAGAAUGUAUUAAUAUAAAGUAGCUGAAUCUUUCAGUCUACUGUAUCUGCCUGAGGUUUGCGACUACCAUUUCAGCUCCUGACUGUGGACCAAUGACCCUGAGGAUGUUUAUUGUUUACUUCAGUUUUUCUCGGUAAAUUUUGAGAUUUGUUUGUCUCAGAAUACGCUCAGUUAUUAACUUAACACAUAUUACAGUCAGUUGUAAAAAAAGACAAGAUACAAUUUGUAAAUAAAAUUUAAGUUAUGUAAAUACCAUUAUUUAUUGUACUGCAAACUUGUGUGCCCUGCUCGCUGGUACCAGUUGUCAGAAUGUCGUGAGCAGAAGUUGGGUAUUUGUGAAAAGGAAUUUGUUGUAAGGGUCUGAAAACUGCCUCUUGGAAAGCCUUAACUAAACAUAAUAUGACUGCAUAGAAACAUUAAGAGCAAUAAAAUGGAAUAGAACAGUAAAUAUUUUUCUCUUCUUGAGGUAUGAGUUGUGAUAAUGAAAUGCAUUGUUUUGUCCUUACAUCAGUUUUGUAUUUCUCAAGAAAAUCCAUUAUUAAAUGAUAUGAAUACGGA